AUGUUUAAAACUAUCAGAUUUUCAAGAGGUUACCUUAGGAGUCAUAUAACUUCAAUUCAAGCCAUCAGAUACUCAUCAUAUACCCAUUACACUCGUAAGACAUUAGCAGACAUUGCAAGAUUAUAUCAAAAUGGAGAGCCUAUUUCAAUGGUAACUAGUCAUGAUUUCUUAACUUCAAAGAUGUUAGAAACCGCAGAAAUUGAUAUCAAUUUAAUUGGUGAUUCACUUGCCAAUACAUCUUUAGGAUAUGAAUCAACUAAUGAAUUAACAUUGGAUGAAAUGAUAUAUCAUGUCAAAUCGGUACAAAGAGGGAAUGGCCACUCAUUAUUAGUUGCAGAUAUGCCAUUUGGAACAUUUGAACGUUCUCCUGAACAAGCAGUAGAAACUGCUGUUAAAUUGGUUCAACAGGGGAAAAUUCAAGCAGUUAAAAUUGAAGGUGGAAAUCCAGAAAUUAUACCUACAAUUGAAAAACUUAUAUCAAUUGGUAUUCCAGUAAUGGGUCAUGUUGGAUUAACUCCUCAAAAACAUAACACUUUAGGUGGAUAUAAAUUACAAGGUAAAAAUUCUCAAAAUGCUAUACAAAUAUAUCAAGAAUGUUUAAAUUUACAAAAAGCAGGAGUAUUUGCAAUGGUAUUAGAAUGUAUCCCCAAUAAAUUAUCGGAAUUUAUUACUAAUAACUUAUCAGUUCCAACAAUUGGAAUUGGAGCUGGUCCACAUACUUCUGGUCAAGUUCUUGUUAUUGCUGAUAUGUUAGGUAUGGCAAAUCCUGAAGAAAGUCAUACGGCAAAAUUUGUCAAAAGAUAUGGAAAUUUCUUUAAAGAAGGUGUUGAAGGAUUAAAGAACUAUAAAACUGAAGUUAAAUCAAAGGAAUUCCCAGUACCUGAUAUUCAUGGUUAUAAAAUGAAGCGUGAAGUAUUUGAAGAAUUUAAAGAAAAAGCAGAAUCAAUGACGUAA